AUGUCAUCAAUAUUCACUAAACGACUGACAAAAGAGCUGAAAGAUCUAAACCAGAAGCCACCAGAAGGCGUUGAAAUAGAAGAAGCCGAAAGCUUUAAAAAAUGGAAGCUCCGCUUGACAGGAGCUCCUGGCACUAUAUAUGAGUUUCGAUUCACUCCACAGUAUCCAUUGGAAGCACCAGAUGUUGUUUUUGUUAGACCACACGUCCCAAUAUAUUCAAAUGGGCACAUAUGUCUUAACAUCCUUUAUAAGGAUUGGUCGCCUGUUCAAACUGUUGCCCACGUCUGUCUAUCUAUCAUCUCAAUGAUGUCCAGUUGCAAAAAAAAGGAGUUGCCACCAGACAACGAUAUGUAUAUCCAGCUAGCAGCGAAAUCCCCAAAGAAAACACCGUGGGCCUUUCAGGUAAGAACAUGCAAAAGGAUUUGA